AUGGGCAUUCCAUCAUCUCUACCCAUAAACCCUAACCCCAGUCCCAGUCCGCCGCUCCCUCAGUCACCACCACCGCAAACGCCACCGUUACCUCAGUCACCACCACCUCAAUCACCGCCACUACCCCCAGGCCAAACACCACCUCUCAUUCCGCCGACCCCCCUUUUGCCACAAACUGAGCCGCAAAAUGAGACACCCGUUUUCGACACUCAGUUCGCAGAACCAAUGCCUGAACCUGAGCCUACUCAAACGAAGUCUAAAGGUAAAACUAAAAAGGCUACAGGUAGACCCAAGAAAACCCCUGUCGGAAAACGAAAAAGAACACCCUCUGUUCCCUUCGACCUAAACUCUCCACCUCAACCUUCCUCUGAACCAGAUUCGGGGUAUAAAAAUAUUGAGUGGCAGCAAACUGUUUAUGACCCUGUCCAAUUCUGGAAAGAUAUUGCACCUUUUGGGGGUUAUUAUAGAUAG